GCCAGCGCCGCCGGCACCAUGGGCUGCUGCUGCCGCCUCCUCUUCCUCGCCCUCCUCCUCCUCCCGGCAGGACUGGGCGAUGACUCCCCAGAAUCACCUCUCAUCCCAAUCCGCCCCCCCUUCCUUUGGGGGGGUGUCCCAGUGAAACCAGACUCCAGGGAUGUCCCCACACCAGCUCCAGGCCAGCCCUCCCUGCCCUUGUCCACAGGACCUUCCGGAGAUGGGACGUCCUCCAGGGCCCUGGAGGGAGAUGGCCGCAACGCCACCACCCCUGUGGCAGCACUGUCCCCUGCUCCUGUCUCCAUCACCGUGAGCUCCAUGGCCACCACAGAGGGUCCCUCUGCAGCCUCCGUGCCACCCACCUUGGAGACAGCGCCGGCUCUCCGGACAGCCAACACUGCCAGCCUGGCAAGAAGCACCAUGGAUCUGGGGGCAGCUUCCAGCCCCACAGCUGCAGCUGCACCGUCACCUCCCUCUUCCCUUCCCACCAGUGAUCCUUACUCACCUCCUGGGACGGGCUUGUCCCCAACACCCGUCCUCGUGAGCCCUGGGACUACCCAGCCACCGCUGCUGACCAAGGAUGUCCCUUCCCUGGGGACACCGGCCAUGGCUUCGAGCCUGGCCAUGGAGCCAACGCCCCCCCCAGUGACUGUGAUGAGCCCCACGGAAGCCGAGGCCACAGCCUCGGAGAAAACGACAGGGGUCACCAUGGAGGAGGUCCCACGUGCCCUGAGUGCAGGGAGCAUUGUGGCCAUAACCGUGACGGUCAUCGUGGUGGUGGUGCUGGUGUUCGGGGCAGCCGCGUACCUCAAGAUCAGGCACUCCUCCUAUGGAAGGCUUUUGGACGAUCACGACUACGGCUCCUGGGGCAACUACAACAACCCUCUCUAUGACGAUUCUUAG